AUUUAGAGCUCAGCAAUUUCUUCCCAAAAUCUUCUCUGGUUUCUUGUUAAUCCGAGGUUGAAUUUGUAGGAAGCCUCUCUUUUCCUCUCUGGAUUCGCCUAGGCGUCCGUCUCCGAGUCACUACUCUCUAUUGCUGCCUCUCCAUCGCUAUAAAGCUCUCGCCUUUGCCGCCGUCUCCUCACGUGCGCGCCACCACCUUCCAUGCAUGCAAGGGCACUAGCAGCUAGCACGGCCGUCUCGUGCCUCUGCGAGUCGACUUUCUCGAUUGACGUUCGUAGUUAAUUAAUCAGAUCCAUGGCCGUGGAGGAUCCCCCGGCGCCGGCGCCGCCGCGGCAGUCCGAGGCUGGCGCGGGGGGACGGCGGGCGGACAAGCACGGCCGCCGCCGCCUCGAGGUGUACAACGAGGUGCUCGCCCGCCUGCGCUCCUCCUCCGCCGCCGCCGCGCCCGCCGAGAUCUCGCCGGCCUUCGAGGAAGCGCUCUGGGCCCACUUCCACCGCCUCCCCGCACGGUACGCGCUGGAUGUGAACGCGGAGAGGGCGGACGACGUGGUCACGCACCAGCGGCUGCUGGAGGAGGCGCGCGACCCGGAGCGGCGGCCCGCCUUGUCGGUGCGCGUCGUGCAGGUUUCUAGAAUUAUUGACGAGGAUAUGGGUGAUUCUAUCGAUCCUGACAUGGAGAUGGUUGCUUCUAAUCACUUGCCGAGUCAGUUGGUCCACCCACCUCCUGCAUUUGGUUCUUCCUCCAAUCUAGAGGCGCUUGGGCUUGAAACAAGUGAGGGUGAUGUAAGAAGCACCAACGAUACUGAUCACAGUGUACAUCUCAUUUCCAGGCCUAUGCAUGAGAUAACUUUUGCAACAGUUGAUAAGCCAAAACUUCUUAGUCAGCUGACAUGUUUGCUUGCUGAGCUCGGUCUUGACAUCCAAGAAGCACAUGCAUUUUCAACAAUUGAUGGUUACUCAUUGGAUGUAUUUGUUGUUACUGGGUGGCAUCUUGGGAGUACUGAGGAGCUACAAGGAAAGUUACUCCAGAAAUUUCACAAAAUUGAGGCACAGGCUUGCCCUGUAUCUAACAGAUCAUCACCGUCGUCACAAGUUCAAGGUGGAGAAAGUAUGCCAUCUACUAGUGUGGAAAUACCAACAGAUGGUGCAGAUGUUUGGGAAAUUGAUCUGAAACUGCUCAAAUUUGGAAACAAAGUUGCUUCUGGAUCAAAUGGCGACCUGUACCGUGGAUCGUACUGCAGUCAGGAUGUUGCCAUUAAAGUAGUGAUGCCUGAGCGAAUCAGUGCGGAUAUGUACCAAGAUUUUGCACAGGAAGUGUACAUUAUGAGAAAGGUUCGUCACAGGAACGUUGUGCAGUUUAUCGGUGCCUGUACAAGACAACCAAACUUAUAUAUUGUAACAGAUUUCAUGUCAGGAGGGAGUGUCUAUGAUUACCUCCAUAAAAAGAACAGUGCUUUCAAGCUUCCAGAAAUUCUAAGAGUGGCAACUGACAUCUCUAAAGGAAUGAACUAUCUGCAUCAGAAUAACAUAAUUCACCGUGACCUCAAGACUGUAAAUCUUCUCAUGGAUGAAAACAAGGUUGUAAAGGUUGCAGAUUUUGGUGUUGCUCGUGUGAAAGAUCAAUCUGGAGUGAUGACUGCAGAGACUGGAACUUACCGUUGGAUGGCACCUGAGGUCAUAGAACAUAAGCCCUAUGGUCACAAAGCAGAUGUUUUUAGCUUUGCAAUUGUCCUGUGGGAGCUGCUAACCGGCAAGAUCCCUUAUGAGUACCUAACACCACUGCAAGCAGCAAUUGGUGUUGUUCAGAAGGGCAUUAGGCCAACAAUCCCAAAAGACACCCACCCCAAGCUCGUCGAGUUGCUUCAGAAAUGCUGGCAUAGAGAUCCAGCUGAAAGGCCUGACUUCUUUGAGAUACUGGAAAUUCUUCAGAGACUCUCCAAAGAGGUGGGAACUGACACUGAGGGUCGCCACAAAGCGAAGACAGGUUUUCUUUCAGCCCUGAAGAGAGGUCGCUGAGGGGCACAUGAUAGUUACUCCAAUGUUGGUGCUUGAUGCAUAGUGUAAUUGCAGCAUCCUGCUGGGGGAGCGUGCCUUGUAGUGUACAGUCAAUCAGUCAUAACUUCAUGUAACUGCAGCUGUUUUGGUCUUCUUCUUUCUUUUCUUUUUUUUUGCUAUAAUCUACUUUGUUUUCUUCCUCUUUUUUCUUUUUGCCCCUGUUAAUCUGCUCUUGUUCCAGUUUUGUUGAAUUUUCAUAAGAUUGAAGAGGCGAGCUGUUAGUAUCUGAUGACAUUGUUUCAUGUCUGAUUUUUUAAAUGGAAACUACGGCAGGCGAGAAGCUGGCCUGAACCAGGAGGUUGUUGCGUACAAGAUUUAAGAAAAAAGGUUGAGAAUGGAGGGAUCUUGUAACCAUCCUCUGUUGUCUUCUUCCUGUACUUGGAACCUUCUUUUACCCUGUUUCCAGAUUCCAUUAGAACUAUUUGCAGAUUUCAAGGGUGGUUUGUACAGGUUACCACCGGUUUCUUGAACAUGGUUGUAUACAUCAGUCAGCUGUUUCAGUGAGGAAUGCAAUUUUUGUGGACCCCAUAUGUAUACUUCA